GUUGUUAUGGUGUUUGCUUUGGUGGCAAUUAUUUAUAUUUGAUGAAAAAGAAGAUUAUGCUACUACAUUAUCUAAAAGAUUUAUAGAAAAUGCGUCAUUAUUGCAGACAUUUCUAGUAUAUCCUUAAGUAAUGUACUCGUGACUUAUUCAGAGACUUUAAUUUAAAUAAAAAAAUGGCGAAGAAAGGUGUAAAGAAUAAGCACAAGCUUUCAGCCAGAUUAGUGACUGAAAACAGGAUUCCUUGUGUAUUUUGCCAGCGUGAAGUCGAUGAUGAGACUACCUAUGGGAAGCUGUAUGCUAUUGGUGAUAUACAAUGCCAUUACUUUUGUGUUUUGUUAUCCUGUUGUUUGAUACAAAAAGGAAAGGAUGAAGAGGGUCUCUUUGGAUUUCUAUACAAAGAUAUCUUAGCAGAAGUGGAAAGGAGUAAAAAACAUAAAUGUUCUUACUGCAAUAAGGAUGGUGCCACCCUGGGUUGUAGCAUCUCACAGUGCCGUAAACAAUUCCAUUUGCCAUGCGGAAGGGAAAAGAAUGCAGUUUCCCUUUUUUAUGGUAAUUACAAAUCAUUCUGUCAAGGUCAUGCGCCGAAACAGAAGAUUCCCGACGUAAUUAUGAGCAAAGCUAAAGUGAGAAUGCAGGAGAAGAAGAAGGCGUUGAAAUGUCCAAAAGUAAACGAAAAAGAAAUUGAAAAUACAAAUAAUAUCUCAGAAUCUCUCAAGUCUGAGUGUGUAUGCGUUAUAUGUUACGAAGAAGUGGAUGCAUUUCCAACGUUGCAGACCUUUUGGCCACCAUGUUGUGCCAGAGACGCUUGGUUCCAUAGAUCCUGCAUACAACGCAUGGUGUUGAGUGCUGGUAUGCAUUAUUUGAAAUGUCCAUUGUGUAAUGACAAGGAUAAUUUUUAUAAAUCUGUUCUGGAACAAGGAUACUAUGUACCUGAUAGGGAUGCGGCGUGGGAAUUGGAACAAAACGCAUUUGCUGAAAUCUACGAGCGCCCUCUAGCGUGUACAGUUGAAGUCUGCAAUUGUCCGCUUGGAAGGAAUCAUGAUUCUGAAUCUGGGAUAUGGGACAUCCGCGUGUGCGUAUUGUGUGGAAGUGGGGGGGCGCACGCGGGUUGUGGAGGGGGGGCGACUUACUUGUGUCCAAUAUGUACCCCGCUGGCACCAGAAGAUAUAGACAAGUUGGCCGCUCAAUUGGAAACCGUGAUAGUGGGUGAGCAAACUGACGCACAGAAUUCCCGUGCCGGCCCAAUAAUGCCGUCCCGUAUGUCCCUCAGGAGAACUAAACAAAGAAUGGCUUACUCAGCAUCUACUUCGUCACAUCAUCACAACGUUGUUAAUAUCAAGACUGAAAUACCAGAAAACAUCACCAAUACUAUAAUAUCAAGAGAGGAAUUGAAUUUAAAAACACCAAGAAAGUCAAUAAUGAAAUCUGAAAGUGUUGAGCAGAUGAAAUCCAUAGAAAAUUUAUUAUCACCGAGGAAACUUCUAGAAACGAAAUUGGCAGAGAAGAAUCUGUGCGGUGAUACGGAGAAUGCUCUGGAUGAAAGUUUGUUGGAGCGACUGAAAGAAAAAGUGGGGAAGCCAAGACCUCUGAGCAAGAAGAAGAAGAUAGUCGAUGACAUUCUGGAAGACAUUCUCAAUAACAUAAACAAGGAGAAAAGGAAAACCAAAGAGCCUGUAAAGGAAUGGAACUCCCCUAAAAAGGAGAAUAAUGAUGAACAAACAAACGAGAAUCAACAACAGUGUAUAGAAGACUUAAUCAAAGAAGAAGUAAUAGAAGAAUCUAUCGAACUUGAAGAAACAGAAGGUAAUGUCACCGAAGAAAAAGAGGAAACUAUAGAAAUAGACGAUUCAUCGAAUAGCACAUUUGUAUUACCUUCAGAGUUCAUAGCAGAUCAUAAUAGCGAUGAAAGUGCCCAAUACUUUGAAACGCCGAAGAAAACUAAAACGGUUGAUAUACAAAAAGAUUCCAGUAUGGAAAUAUUUAAGAACAAUGACGUCAUUAAUAUAGAUCUAGUUCAAAUAGAAAAUGUCGAAAACGAUACGAAAUUACCCGAUAUAAACCUCAAAACGCCGGAGAAAAAUAAAAAUUUCAUAUUAAAAUUCAGUCCGAAAAUGAAACCGAAUAACGAUCAAACGGAUAUAGAUAUUGAAAGUUUUAAAAGUCAAUAUUUGAACGAAGUGGACAGAGAUUUCAAAUGCAAUUUCAAUCAUAAACAUGAGUCAUCUAAUGUCUCACCUAAGUUGAGAACGGCCAUAGGUUUUGCUGUGGACGCAGCCGAAGAAAAUAGGAAGAGGAAGUUGAAAAGUAAAAAAUCAUUGUCGAAACGCAGGAAGAAAGCUGAGAUGGUGGUAGAAUAUGAAACGGCGAAAGAUAGAAAACUUAAGAAAAGGAAGAAAUCUAAAACUAAAUUGUCUAUAACCAACAAUAAGAUGAAAGUGAAAAUAAGUCUUAAGAAGGAGAAGUUUAGAUUGAAAAUUAUGCAAUCACAACAACCAAAAAAUUUGAAACAGUAUAUUUUAAAAUACUCCGUUGACUCCAGUAAAGAGUUGAUUGAAAAGCCUGAAAAAGAUGUUACACCUAUUAAGAGAAAAUAUGUGAAAACAGAGAAGUCUCCGGAUAAUUUUAAACAAAUGUCGAUUGACAGUUUUUUCAAACCGAAACCGUCUAAUAAUUAAGUUUUCUAAUACAUCGUUUUCGUACUCGAUACCUUCAUAGUAUAGCACUAUAAAGGAAAGUUAAAGGACUUAACUACCAUCAUCACCAGCCCUUUUAUGCCCUCACUGCAGCGGCUCAGGCCUUCAUCAUGGAUGGUUAAGUAGGGCCAUGACCCUCUUGUGGCCCAAUGUGGAUUUUUAAAAUAUUUUAUAAAGUCGGAAUUGUUAAAAUAUUUUAGUAUUGAAUUCACUGUCGUUAAAUUUUAUUUAAAAAAGCUACUUAAAACAUUGGACCUCUUUUUAUGAAUAUUGCGAGCAGGAAUAUAAAAUUUGCUACAUUUAAAGUUAAUAUGGAAUAGAAGUGAAAAAUGUAUAUAAUAAUGCUUAAAAAUACAUUUAAUUAAUAAAAAGCAUAUACCUAUGAAAUAAUGUACAUAAGAACUUAUGAUAUUAGUAUGCAAGACUACUCAUAUAUGAAAACAUAUAAAUUCUUGAUUACAAAUAAAAUCCCUUCGCUAAUAUACAUCACAUAAAAAAAGCUAUUAUUAAUCAAUUGCUAUCCGUAAUGUAAUAUGAUAAAUAUUUAUUCUACAAUAAUGUAACAGUUUAAAAGUGGUAAACGGAGCCUUAAAUUCUAUUGAUUUUUUAUUUAUUUCAGUAGUCUGAACAUGUAUCUGUAUUGCCAUCAUGGAAUUUGAAUAUCGCGCCAUAAUGCAGUGUUGUUAGUUUUUUUUAAUACUUCCAUUUUGGUAGAUUUUUUUUAUUUUAAAAGAUUAUUGUAUUUUAAUUUUACGUUGUCAUUUUUAUCCAAGUUUUUUGGUAAUUAAAAAACUUUUUGGUAAAUAGAUAUUUCUUAUUAGUUGUUUUAGUACUGAUAUAUAUUUGUGUGCCUGUUAUUGUUUUUGUGGUACAUUUAUUAGAUGAUUGGUGCUAUGAGUUUCCAUUUAUAAAACAGAAUUUCCGGAAACUCGUUUCAUUA